AGCAGAUUGUUCUUUGGUUAGAGUAUGAUGUCAUUUUAAAUGACAAUACCACCAAAACCAACCAUUAUCAAAUAUCACUUUCACUUUUUUUCGUUGUGAACAACAACACUAGGUCAUGUCUUGUCGCACAAGCUCUCGUAUCAGACGAAACAACAGAGUUCUAUAAAUGGAUCCUGGAAUGCACAAAAAAAGCAACAAUGAUUGAGCCAUUAGUAUUCAUUAUGGAUGCGGAUCCUAUAGCAGAUGCUGCCAUCAGAUAA